CAGCCCUGCUGGAUCAGGCCCAAGGAAGCCCAUCUAGUCCAGAGCAUCCUGUUUCGCACAGUGGCCCACCAGAUGCCGCUGGAAGCCACAGGCAGAAGUUGAAAGGGGCUUGUCCUCCCUCCUGCUGUCACUCCCCUGCAACUGGUACCCAGAGGCAUACAGUGACCCAUGCGGGGGGCGGGUACAGGGUUUUGUUGUUUCUGAGGUGUUCUGAGUGUAGAUUCUCUGGUAGCAAAUGAGUGGAUUCAUGGUUUGUCAUUGAAAAUCUCAUAUUUGUUAUUUCUCUGUGUAAACCACCCUGAGCCAUUUUUGGAAGGGUGGAACAUAGGAACUUAGGAAGCUGCCAUCUACUGAGUCAGACCCUUGGUCCAUCUAGCUCAGUAUUGUCUUCACAGACUGGCAGUGGCUUCUCCAAGGUUGCAGGCAGGAAUCUCUCUUGCAGAUGCUGCCAGGGAGGGAACUGGGAACCUAGAUGCUCUUCCCAGAGUGGCGGCUCCAUCCCCUAAAAGGGGAAUCUCUUGCAGUGCUCACACUUCUAGUCUCCCUUUCAUAUGCAACCAGGGCAGACCCUGCUUAGCUAAGGGGCCACGUCAUGCCUGCUACCCCAGGACCAGCUGGGUCCUGUGUCUUGCCAGCAUCAUCGCCACCGUGGCCUGCCGUUGCUCUAGCAACCGCUGUUGCUAAGACAACGGUUGGUUUCCUUUCCGACAGGGCAAAGAGGAGGAGGAGGAGGAGAGUGAAGGCGCACUCCCGGCUCCGAUGCAGGCCCAGGGCCCCUCUCCACCGCAAGGGCCCCCCAGAGCAGGGGCCCCGCCGGCACCCGCCGGCUCCCCCUGCUCUCCGGCCUGGAAUGUGCUGGGCGGGGGUUUGCCGGGUCUGUGUGUGCAGCUCUGGCGUUUGGGCAAACCCCUGGAAAAGCUGCUGACCCGGAAUUCCCGCCGGGUCCUGGCAAGGAACGGAGCCGGCAGCUGACCUGCCGCGGCUGCUGCCUCGUUGCCCGCUAAUCUUCUCUAAACCGAGGGGCCGGUUUCUAAGGGCGGCCGGGGGAGCUGGCCAUUGUGGAGCGGAGCCCUCCCUAUUGACGCGGGAUCUGGGGGCGCGCAGCUGCUGCCUCAGCAUCCCCAGCAAAGCCCCGGCUGCGUCCGGAGCCGGCCCCAUAAAUAGCACCGCCUGUUUGCCGCCGAUGCCCGUCGGAGCUGCCUGUGCCAUCCGGGAGCGGAGGCACCAUGACCGAGCAACACAGCCCGCCGGAGGAGAUGGCCGCUGCUGAGAGCCCAGAAGAAGCGGGGCCGAAUUACAAGGUCACCCUCUAUGAGAUGGAGAAUUUCCAGGGCAAGAAGUGUGAGCUGACCGACGAGAGUCCCAAUGUGACGGAGAAAGAGCUGGAGAAAGUGGGCUCCAUUCAGGUGGAGGCCGGCCCGUGGCUUGGCUUUGAGCGGCAGGCGUUCAGCGGCGAACAGUUUGUGCUGGAGAAGGGAGAUUAUCCCCGCUGGGACUCCUGGUCCAACAGCCACAACAGCGACACCCUCCUCUCCGUCCGCCCCCUGCUGGUUGACAGCCCUGACCACAAGAUCCACCUCUUUGAAAACAUCAGCUACAGCGGCCGCAAGAUGGAGAUCGUGGAGGAUGACGUCCCCAGCUUGUGGGCGCACGGCUUCCAGGACCGCGUGGCCAGUGUCAAGGCCCUGAACGGCAUAUGGGUGGGGUACGAAUACCCUGGGUACCGCGGCCGGCAGUACGUCUUUGAGAAAGGCGAGUACCGGCACUGGAACGAGUGGGACGCCAGCCAGCCCUUAAUCCAGUCUGUGCGGCGGGUCCGGGACCAGCAGUGGCACAAAAGGGGCUGCUUCGAGGAGAGCUGAAGGAGAGCGGUCCACAUUUGCCGGGAACCGAGGAGGCGCCUUGGCCCCCUGCUUGCUGUCUGUGUAAAAGACGACCUCGUACGCUCUCAAUAAAUAUCUGAGCCCCCA